AUGUAUCUGCAGCAAAAGCUGAGCGGUCUGAUUUAUGCGCCCCGCGGCCUCUUUCACCCUCUCGUGCACACAGAGAAAAGAAGUGGCCAUACAAUGCGCCGUGUGCAUAGGUGUGAAGGUUGCCGCGGGCGCCAGCUGCAACAUCAGUGAAUAAAAAGGCUAAUGCCCCGGGCAAAGUGGAGGCCGUGCUGCCAUCGAAAUGCCCUGGGUGGCUUAGAGGUGCAACAGCUUGCCAACUGCAUUACAAUGCAAUGGGCGACAAUCUGUUCCCAUUUCGCAACAGCGAAUAUUUUCAUAGCCAGCCGAUGGUAG